AUGCGAGUUCGUGAAACUUCAGUGCAGAUGAGGAUGAAGGUGAUGAUGAUGGUGGUGGACCCCGUUGUCCUCCUCCCUCCCACCUCUGAAGGCGACACGGCGGCUUCCGUUGAUUUGUUGUCUUUGCUUUGCUAUCCGAUGGAUAUUCACUGCAAGACGGACCCCUUCACGGCCAUGCACCGGCACGGGGGGGUGAACCAGCUCGGCGGGGUGUUCGUGAACGGCAGACCCCUCCCGGACGUGGUGAGGCAGCGCAUCGUGGAGCUGGCCCACCAGGGGGUCCGACCGUGCGACAUCUCCCGCCAGCUGCGCGUCAGCCACGGCUGCGUCAGCAAGAUCCUGGGCAGAUACUACGAGACGGGCAGCAUCAAACCGGGUGUGAUCGGCGGCUCCAAACCCAAAGUGGCCACGCCGAAAGUGGUGGACAAAAUAGCGGACUACAAGCGGCAAAACCCCACCAUGUUCGCGUGGGAGAUCCGCGACAGGCUUCUGGCUGAAGGCAUCUGCGACAACGACACGGUGCCCAGCGUGUCGUCCAUUAACAGGAUUAUCCGAACAAAAGUGCAGCAGCCAUUCCAUCCGUCGCCUGAUGGGACAUCCCUGUCGACAACAGGCCAUACCAUAGUGCCAAACACAGUGUCUCCGCCGGUAACCAGCGCCUCCAACGACCCUGCGGGAUCCUACUCCAUUAACGGCAUUCUGGGCAUCCCGCGAUCCAACGGCGAGAAGAGGAAAAGAGACGAAGGUAAGAUGUAUUUUCGUGUAUGA